AUGGUAGACUAUCAUAUUACAAAGCCCUCUUGUAGAUAUCAUCCAUACUCUGUAACUGGUAUUUCUUUAGAUCCGCGAAAGAAUAGGCGAGAAUCGAUGAAUCAGGUGCUCCCUGAUCAAAUUGUCUCUAAUUUAUUCACAAGUAUCGAACAACCGCAAGCUUUUAUGCAUCCUUUUACUAAUUUUGACGACGAUGGCCAAAGUAACAACUACGGAAACUCGUUUGAAUUGCAAGACGAUCAAAUUGGAUUCCUACAAAGUGAACAACUGUGCGACAUUCCCGAGAUGAUGUCAAUUCCCUUCAUACCGGCUGGCAAUUAUUCUCAAAUAUCUGAUAUUGAACCAUUUGGACUCUUCGAAAUGUCUUCUCAAGCGUCUGAUAUUGGACCAUUCGUAUCCGUCGAAAAUUAUUCCCAAGGCUCUGACGUUGACCAAUUUUUGAACCUUUUCGGUCCUCAUUUUUUCUUUGACCACAACGAUGCGCUUUCCCAACAAUCGUCUAAUCCCGAUCUUAACGUACCAUAUGCCGAGAACACUAAUCUUCUGUUUUUAAAUGAAUCGUAUCACAAUUACAAAUCUCAAAGUUCAUGUGAUAUAACAAUCGUUCCUCCUCCUAUUGGAACAAUCGUACCUCCUCCUAUUGGACCAAUCGUUCCUCCUCCUAUUGGACCAAUCGUUCCUCCUCCUAUUGGACCAAUCGUUCCCUCUUCUGUUGGAUCAAUCGUUCCUCCUUCUAUCAGAUCAACAACUCAAAACCAUCCAUUGAAUCCGGUUAUAUUAAAACUUUUUGAUAAAAUAUGGGCAAUCUGGCAGAUUGAAUGA